AUAGCGAAAUCACGGCAAUAGUCCUAGUGCAAUAGUCCCACUAAUUAUUCAUAAUAAGAGGCUAUCCCCCAACCACCAUGAAUUGUGUCAUUUGUUUGGAAGCAAUUGGUAUAAAAUGAUUAAAAUCCAAAUUCAGAUAAGCAUCGCCUCCUGAGUCCUGAUAAUUUCCAAAAAGCAUAACGACCCGUGACUACAGAAUUUUUCACAAACAGAACAUUUGCGUGACACCACAAAAGACCUCCCCCAACUGAUCGAUCACUUUACAUAGCCGUGACAUCCAAGACCCACGUGCCCUCCUUACGUUACGCGAUCCAUGCAUGAUGCACCUCCUUACAUCUAUAACUCAUUUAUUUGUUUAAUUUGAUAUUACCAGUUUAAUUAAUGUUGCAUCGAAUUUAAUAAGUUAUUAUCGACGAAUAACGUAUAAUUUAUGUAACUUGCCUUUCUAAUAUUCUAAGGUAUCUGAAACAACGUUGGACUACAUAAAUCCAGUUCACAUUUAUGUCUCUUUGAAUACGACGGUUUCUCUUUCUACUCUAUAACUCUCGCUCUUUCUCUCUGUAAACUCUGAAACUAUCGAUCCAUGGGGUUUUCCGGGAGGCCAAAAUGUUAUGUGUUGGCGAUAUUCGUCGUUUUUGUAGGAUUCGUCGGCGCCGACGACUAUGUCCGGCCUCCCGCUGGCAGGUCUCUUUAUGCGUCACUAUCAGACGAUCAUAGUAGUACGUCUCCUCAACAGGUACACAUAUCGUUAGCGGGUAAUGGGAAAAUGAGAGUAUCGUGGGUUACGAAAGAGACGACUCCAUCAACCGUAAAAUACGGUAAAUCUCAAGGAAAAUACGAUGCUUCAAAUACGGGGACGAGUUCUUCGUACAAAUACAUCGUGUACAAGUCUGGUCAAAUACACGAUGUAGUCAUUGGUCCAUUGGAGCCGAACACAACGUAUUACUACAAAUGUGGCCUUGAUUCAAGCCCGGAGCUCAGUUUCCAAACUCCUCCGGCUCAGUUUCCGAUUGAUUUUGCAGUUUCUGGAGAUCUAGGUCAAACUGAAUGGACUAAAUCGACCCUCGAACACAUUGGAAAAACUGGUUAUGAUGUUUUACUACUUCCGGGAGACUUAGCGUAUGCCGACUUUUACCAACCAUCAUGGGACACAUUUGGUCGCUUGGUCGAGCCAUUGGCAAGUCAACGACCAUGGAUGGUGACACAAGGCAACCACGAGGUCGAGAGAAUUCCAUUCAUCCAUAAAGAGCGGUUUACAGCAUACAAUGCUAGAUGGCAUAUGCCUUUCGAAGAGAGUGGUUCUAGUUCCAACUUGUUCUACUCGUUUGAUGUUGCUGGUGUCCAUGUGAUCAUGCUUGGGUCCUACACUGACUUUGAACCCGACUCUAACCAGUACAAAUGGCUUGAGUGUGAUCUCAAAAAGGUCGAUAGAAAACAAACCCCUUGGCUGUUUGCUCUUGUUCAUGCUCCAUGGUACAAUUCGAAUAGUGCACAUCAAGGGGAGAAAGAGAGCACUCGUAUGAGGGAUUCAAUGGAAGCUUUGCUUUAUAAUGCUCGUGUUGAUAUUGUUUUUGCUGGCCAUGUUCAUGCAUACGAACGCUUUACACGUGUUUACAAAGAAGAAGCUGACAAGUGUGGUCCGGUUCAUAUCACCAUAGGAGAUGGAGGCAACCGUGAAGGUCUUGCAACGAAGUAUAAAGACCCACAACCGGAUUUAUCUCUAUUCAGGGAGGCGAGCUUUGGGCACGGGCAGCUGAGGGUGGUGAAUGCGAGCCAUGCACAAUGGACAUGGCAUAGAAACGAUGACAAGCAGCCCGAUUCUGUGUGGUUCACGAGCCUAGCUUCUGAUUCAGCAUGUGUGGUCUAGGGGAAGAUGGCAACAUACAUCGGGUACAUAUAUAUAUAAUAUAUCUAAAAUUAUGAAGUUUGAAUCUGUAAUUUGUUCGGUUUUUGAAUUAUAUCAAGAUAUCAAUAAACCCAUAAAUAAUAUUGGUCUGACGAUGGUCGUGAAUAUCUUGGUACAAGGGAAUAAACUAAGUA